AUCUCUGCGAGAUAUGAGUGAAUAAUGUGAUGUGAAGCAAUUUUCGCCAUUUUGUGAACUCAAACCGGUGCGACAGGGGUAAAUUUGUAACCACAACUCGCGACAGUAGAGGGAAAUUGGCGCACUAGGAAUCCCUUCUCUCCAUUCUGUAGUCUUAAUGGUAUCCAUAUUUGGAUUUCUGCAAGGUUUGGUGGACGUAAAAGUGGUGAAAAAGGGGUAGACCUAAGCCGGUUCACUGGGUGUUGGUCGUUGGAUUUUCUGGACGUCAUUGCUGCAUUUAUUGUGUGCGCACGAGGUACCUUCAUUAUGGACUGACAGUACUGUGGACAAAAGUGGGAAGUUCGUCGUGAGUUCGGCCGUCUUCGGGGCCUCAAAAACGCCACUUUGUUGGCGUUAAGGGUUGUUCCCAAUUUUUUCAGGGCUGUUUCCAACUCUUCGCUGAGGAGCCAAGUGCUUCUUCGGCGGAGUUUUGGGCCGAAUUUAGCCGUCAAGAUUGCGAACCGCAACGUGAACAGUGACAAAAUGGCCAUGAGCCGUGCACGUGUGUAUGCUGAUGUUAAUACACACAGACCAAGGGACUAUUGGGAUUAUGAGUCCCAUGUUGUCGAAUGGGGGCAGCAAGACGACUACCAGAUAGUCCGUAAGCUUGGUCGUGGCAAGUACAGUGAGGUGUUUGAGGCGAUGAAUGUCAUCAACAAUGAGAAGUGUGUGAUCAAGAUCCUCAAGCCCGUUAAGAAGAAAAAGAUCAAGAGAGAGAUCAAAAUCCUGGAGAACCUCCGAGGAGGACCUAAUAUUAUCAACCUACAGGCAAUUGUCAAAGAUCCUGUGUCACGCACACCAGCACUUAUAUUUGAGUAUGUCAACAACACAGACUUCAAGCAACUUUACCAAACUUUAACAGAUUAUGAAAUCAGAUACUACCUAUUUGAACUACUGAAGGCACUAGAUUACAGUCACAGUAUGGGCAUUAUGCACAGAGAUGUCAAGCCCCACAAUGUCAUGAUUGAUCAUGAAAACAGAAAGCUUCGCCUAAUUGAUUGGGGUCUAGCUGAGUUUUACCAUCCUGGCCAGGAGUACAAUGUCAGAGUGGCAUCCAGAUACUUCAAGGGUCCCGAAUUGCUUGUGGAUUACCAGUUAUAUGACUACUCGUUAGACAUGUGGAGCCUUGGAUGCAUGUUGGCCAGCAUGAUAUUCCGCAAGGAGCCGUUCUUCCACGGCCACGACAACUAUGACCAGCUUGUGCGGAUUGCCAAGGUGCUGGGUACAGACGAACUCUACGAGUACUUAGACAAGUACCAAAUUGAACUGGACCCCAGAUUCAACGAUAUUCUUGGAAGGCAUUCACGGAAGCGAUGGGAACGGUUUGUGCACAGCGAGAACCAGCAUCUUGUCAGCCAAGAAGCCCUGGACUUCUUGGAUAAGCUGCUACGAUACGACCACCAGGAGCGUCUUACUGCACGGGAAGCAAUGGACCAUCCAUACUUCUAUCCUGUAGUGAAGGAACAGAACAGAUCCCUACCAGCUAUGAUGAAUGUACCAGUGUCCACGUCCAUCAUCUCUACUGCUGCUCCAACUAGUACAUACGCCACCAACACAUCUUCACGAACCAUGACAGCAAUUCCUGCUGGAUCGCCGGUAAUAUCCGCACCAGCAGCCCAACCCAUUCAGCCCAUCCAAAACGCCAGUCCUGCGGCGGCUGUUGUUCCUUAAGUCUGUCGGCGCACUCGCCGCAACAAACGUCAGGUCUGUCAUGCCUGGGUUAUUGAUAAUACCAUAAAGAUAUUGUGGGCGUUCUUUUCCUUUCCUCUAGCAUGUCUGAGGCUCACGAAACUCUGUGGUUAAGGAAAAACACACAAUAUCUGACCUUUUCUGUAUGGUAGUUGUAGAAAAUGUGUGAUUUCCUUUCAAGGAGACCUAACAAGCACAGUUACUCGGAUGUGCACCUUGUACUUCUAAGAACACCCGAUGAGUCGGCAAGUGAAAUUGGUACACUGCAUUUCUUUUCUGUGAGACUAGUCUCAUGUCACAAAGAAAUCGACGGCAAACCAAGCGUGUAAAACUGCACAAUUUUAAAUUGCUGCCUGGCUUUGUUUUGUUCCUGGAUGCUGAACUUUGUACUUUCGAAAAUAUUUCACUGCUUAAGACUUUGUGUCUUAACUUCCAUCAAAUGUUCAUUAAGUACAUCUGUUGCCCACUUGUGCACUCCUGAUCUGAGUUUUCACUUGUCAGCAAUGGUGUGUAUUGGUCGUCUGUUUGCACAGAUUUAACUCUGUGUGCUGAAUGCCUCUAAAGAAGCUGGUUGUCUGUUUUCUUUUUAUUGGUUUUUUUUUUAUGUUUCCAAAUGUUCUCAAAGUUUAAACCGGGUUCAAAUGUCCCGCCAAUGUGUGACUUAAGAUAUACAGUUGAAGAUUUGAAUUAUUUGAUAAUUGUGAUGAGAGAAGUUUUACAAAAACCCCAUUUCAUCUGGAAAUAAUAUUUCAACAAGUUGUUCAUGCUGUGAUGUACAUCUUUUUUUUUUAUUUGCAUCAAAUGGCAGAGUUUUCUGUUUUAAUAAUUUGGUGGUUCGUUUAAUUUGUUUUCUCACCAUUUUUUUAUGGCUUGUAUUUAUUUGUCUGCCCAAUGCAAGCAAUUGACAGAAAUAAUAUUUCUGCCAUUUUCUCACCUCAUGUACAAUAUAUUUGUUUAACCUUCUGACGAUAGUGAAUUAUUAACA